GCUGCUGGCUGCUCCUCUCACUCCCCCGCCAUGUUCUCCUAGCAGCCGAUCCGACCGUACCACCAUCUGAGCCUAUAAAGCCCGGGUAAACAGUCCCUAGCGACCCGAGCCGCUCAUCCCUGCCGGGGCUCGACCCCUUCUUCCCUUUACAGCUCUGGGUACCCACAUCCCACCAUGGUCACCACCACGGCGCCGCCGCCCUUCCUGACUCGAAUCUCGGCGGGCACCGAAGAUCCCCGGCGGCUGCCCUCGACGCUCCUCCAGCACCUCAGGCGAGGGGACAACAACUGUGAGAACCAGCCCAGCUGCUGCCUGGCAGGUCCGGGGGGCAGCGCGCGGCCCGCGCUGAAGAGAGUGAGGCGGAGGAAGGGCAAGAUCCGGCCGGGCCCCGCAGGGCUCCUGCCGAGCCGUUACCAGCAGUUCCAGCAGCACCGCGCCGGCCUGGGCAGAAGGACGCCGCUGGGAGCGCACGGCCCGGCCGAACUCGGCGAUCCCGUUGCUUCAACUGUCUCUGCCGCUCCCGGCUUCGCGGCGACCCCCGCCGAAGAGUCCCUCGCACCCACCCCCUCCAGACCCGCGCCCAGCAGAUCCCUCAGAAAGGAGUUCUUGAAGAACAAGAUGGGAAAGACUGAGAAGGCUGCCACUCCCCACGGCCAGCCCGUUCACGGUUUACAUCUGUGUGAACAACCAAAGAUUAACAGGCAGAAGAGUAAAUGUAAUGUGCCACUGACAAAGAUCGCCUCGGCAAAAAAGAUUGAGAACUUUUGGCAAGAUUCGGUACCGCCAGAAAUCGUUCAGAAGCAGGAGAAAAAGCCACUUAAAAACACAGAGAACUUCAGAAAUGCCAAGUCUAAGAAACCCAUCACCCUCACAGAUGCGAACCAAAAAGAAAACUAUGCUGGGGCAAAAUUCAGUGACCCGCCAUCUCCCAGUGUUCUCCCAAAGCCCCCCAGCCACUGGGUGGGGGGCACAGCUGAGCUGUCUGACCAAAACAGGGAGUUGAUGGCAGUCCAUCUGAAAACUCUCCUCAAAGUUCAGGUGUAGUUUCCAAGCUUUCUGAAUAGCUGCAAAGCAAACUCCAUCCAUGAAACUUACACAUGCCUUGUUGCAAACAAAAAAAAUUUAAAAAAAAAAAAAAAAAAAAAUUAAAAAAAAAAAAACCCACAAACGAAAGACUGUCAAGUCUUAUACUCGCAUACAAAAUUCCUUGUAUUAUAUUUUUUAUGGUUGUGUAAAUAGUGUACAUCAUGUAUUAUGUGUAUAUUCUUGUUCAUACUUUGAGAGGUACAUUUUAGUUUUGUUAUGAAAGGAUGUAUUUUGCACUGCCUGAUUGGUAGAUGUCUUGUAUAUACAACAUGGACAGUUUUAAGUGUGCGCUUGACACGUGAAGACUUGACUUGAUUUGCACAAGGUAAAGAAAAUUCUGAACGGAGAGUACAGCUUUCUGAUGUUAAGGUUCCAGAUCAAAUGUGAAUGGUUUAUUCAUGCACUGCUGACAAUAGUUCUAUGUUCUGUGUCCCAAUCAAGUAUAAACAUGGAAUUUUCAUACAAAUGUGAAUUUCUGCUUGGAAACAGUAUCUGGAAUUCCUGUUUAUCUGUUUGUAACAAAAUUAACUGGAAUUUGAGUAGAAUUCCAACUCAUCGCGUUGAGCACUGCUGAUUUCUUUUAAGAGAACAAAAAAGAAAAGAGCAGAGCUUUCUACCAUAAAUUUAAUUGGUCACUUAAAAAAAAUUAAAUAAAACAAUUUGGCCUCCCCUAA